UAGGGAGCUUUGGCUUGAAGGGUUAUGGCUGUUCUAGUAAAUGUCAUUCAAUCUCAAACUUACAAUAAGAAAGUUCUCUCUCUCUCUAUGGUUGUGACAGACCACUUAUAGCCCCUCUGCUGGCCAGACCUGGUAUCUGAUACGUGAGUUCAGAUCCAGGAAGUGAAAUGUUAUAUGGGUUAGUGGGAGCCACUCCUAAGCCUACUCCUCAGCACAAUUGGAAACGAAACUCAUCUCUUCAGCUCAGUCUGCUUGCGUUUCAAAAUGGCAGAAGCCAUGGACUCAAUCAGUUGUUCAAUCUGUUUGGAGAUACUGAAGGAUCCAGUGACUAUUCCCUGUGGACACAGCUACUGUAUGGACUGUAUUAAAUGCUUCUGGGAUCAGAAGCUUGUCUGCAGCUGCCCCAGUGCAGACAGAUCUUCCCUACAAGGCCUGUUCUGAACAAAAACACUGUCAUUGCAGAAUUGGUGGAAACACUGACAGAAAUAAAUACGAAGAAGAUUCAGGAGGUGAGACUUGAGAUGAAGGUUGUGUCACCUCCUGAACCCAAUACCAGAGAGCAGUUCUUGAAAUAUUCCUGCCAGCUUACAUUGGACCCCAACACAGCUAAUAGAUAUCUGCGUCUGUCUGAGGGGAACAGGAAGGUGACCAGGAGUGAAAAUGCUGAGUCCUAUCUUCACCAUCCAGACAGAUUUAACUUCUACUGCCAGUUGUUGUGUAAAGAAGCUUUGUCUGGAACCUGCUACUGGGAGGUAGAAAGGAGUGGGAGCAAGUGUAAAGUUGCCGUGUCUUAUAAAGGGAUCUGCAGGACAGGAGAUGGAGUGGAUGUUAGCUUUGGACGAAAUUAUCAGUCCUGGACUUUGGUCUGUGAUCCGUCUAUCUGCUCUUUCAGGCACAAUAAUAUCAAUACUGAUAUCCCUACCCCCUGCUCCUCCAGAGUAGGAGUGUACCUGGACCACAAGGCAGGAACUCUGUCCUUCUACAGUGUCUCUGACAAGAUGACCCUCCUCCACAGAGUCCAGACCACAUUCACUCAGCCCCUCUACCCUGGAUUCUGGGUUGGUCCUGGUUAUGGAUCAUCUGUGAAGAUACUGACACCAAUAUAGUAAAUUAACAAAGUGAUCUACACUCAUUGACUUUCAGUGUGUUCAUAAGCAUCGUAAAAUCUUUUUCAGACUGACACAAUAACAUAAUACCUUUAUGAAAACAGUAAUACAAUCUACUAGUGAGUGCACCCGUGCACUAUUCAGAGGAUGCAGUCCCUUUUUUAUCUUCUAUUGACUUUCACUGUGUACAUAUACAUCAUGCAAUCUGUUUCAACCUGACAGACUUAACAUUGUUUUAUGAUACAAACUACUGGUGAAUGCACAACAUGUGCACUACUGUUAAAAUAUGAACUGUCCACAGUCUAUGUCACUGAAAGGGAUUGAUUCUAAUGUUAGUCAUCAGUGUACACAAAUUACUAUACCCUGUUCAAAGGCACUUAAAUUUUGCCCAUUCACCCUCUGAAUGGCACACAUACCCAAUCCAUGUCUCAAGGCUUAAACAUCCUUAUUUAAUCUGUCUCCUCCCCUUCAUCUACACGGAUUGAAGUGGAUUUGACAAGUGACACCAAAAAGGGAUCAUAACUUUCACCUGGAUUCACCUGGUCUAUGCCAUGGAUAAGCACUUGCGUUUCAAAAUGGCAGAAGCCAUGGACUUGAUCAGUUGUUAAAUAUGUUAGGAGAUACUGAAGGAUCCGGUGACUAUUCCUUCUGGACACAGCUACUGUAUGGACUGUAUUGAAGGCUACUGAGAUCUGGAUGUCCAGAAGCUUGUGUGCAGCUAGCUCUUGAUCAUGACUCUCUGUUGCAUUACAUUACACAUAAAAGUCAUUGGACGGUGUUGUUUUCUGUAGGGGGAAAAUAUGUUAAGAGCCAUGACGCUCUUUCCGAACAUUAUCAUGCAUCACUUGCGGUACAGUUUUGGAAGCAUAAGGACCUUGUAUUUCACAUCGGCAAGAAAUAAUUUUCAAAAAACAAAAGGUUAAAUUGAUGCACAAUUUUAUAGGGUUAGGAUUCCCACACGGACAACAGACGGAUGACCAACUGGACUACCUGUGCUCAUUAGCUAUAUGCGUCUUUUGAACACCUGUGUAUAAAUGGAAGACGGAGGCCACAAACGUGUUGUCCCUGAAAAAUACUGUCAGCUUCAACUGUGUUAAAACCGAUUAAAACAGUAUACAGUGAGUGUGUAUUUUGCAUUUGUGAAUAUAUUUUGUUGUGUUAUGAAAGUGGAGGGAUUUAUGUUUCUAGCACAAUUGAGAAUUCACUUUUAGAUUGCUGUUGAGAUCAACCAGCUGGCAGCGAACACAACUGUCACGACUCCCACUGAAGGUGGCUCCUCUUCCUGUUCGGGCGGCGCUCGGCGCUCGUCGUCACCGGUCUACUAGCUGCCACCGAUCCCUUUUCCCUUUUCUGUUGGUUUUGUCUUAUUGGUUACACCUGUUUCUUGUUUAGGUUUUUAGUUGGGCUAUUUAAGGCCCGCCUGCUCUUUCUGCGGGCUUAAUUUUCCUCUGUGUAUGUUUGUGAUGUUGCGUUUCCCUUUGUUUUUCCAACGGGCGGGUUGGGGCCUGGUUUCGGGCCAGUCUCGUAUGUGCACCCAGUAUUGGCAUGACCAUUUUUCUCUGUUACGGAAUAAAACAUUGUUCUUUA